AUCGCCCAAACAAUCCAAGGCAGCAGAGGCCCUGCGUUUAAGCCCGUUGGAGGAAGACAAAUCAAGAGUUUGGAGGCUUCGAUUCCUGCUCUCAGAGAUGGAAUACGAUCGCCGGAUAAAGAAUUUUUGAAAGGAGCCAGGUCCCAGACUUGCUUGGCAAAGGGACACUUGAAGAAUAAGUGCUCACCUAAAGGGAGAGCCCCUUUCAUCAGCUUCCAGAGGAAGAACUUGGUUUUCGGGGAACAUUCGGAUCCUGUUGAGGCUUUCAUAGUAACCGGAUUUUGUGUUGUAGGAUCCAUCCUUUGCUGGCAACCAGGCGUAACGAUCCUUGGCCCCAAAAGCACUCAACUUGAUCUCAAGGAUAUCAUUCUCCAGCUCCGGAGUUGCGGGAAAGUUUAG